AUGGACAAGCACAUUUCAAUUUAUUCUCUUUUCAGCGACUAUAUUUUUAAGUUUAUAGUGAUAGGGGACUCGGGUGUAGGAAAAUCUUCCCUGUUACUCCGGUUCGCGGAUGACGUAUUCUCAGACACAUACAUCUCUACUAUUGGAGUAGACUUUAAAAACCAAACACUGAAAAUUGAGGACAAAACAGUACAACUUCAAAUAUGGGACACGGCGGGACAAGAGAGUUUAAAAACCAUUACGUCGUCAUUCUAUCGCGGAGCUCAUGGUAUUAUGCUGGUCUAUGACGUCACUGAUAUGGAAUCAUUCCGAAACUUGGAAACAUGGAUUCAGGAGGUUGACAAAUACAGCACUUACGACAGCCCUAUGAUUCUUGUGGGGAACAAAUCGGACAUGACACCCCAACGGGUAGUGACAUACACCAUGGGCAAGGAAUAUGGUGAAAGACUAGGUAUUACGUUCAUGGAAACCAGUGCCAAAAGUUCUACCAACGUUGAAGCGUUAUUUAUGUCACUGACAUCCGAAGUCAAAAGCAAAGUUGACAAAGGUGAAUUAAAUACCACUAGUGGCGAUACAGUGAUCGUCCACAGUUCGCCGAGGAACAAGGAAUUGCUCUGGUUGUGCUGUUGAAGAUCUGAACACAUGCGUUAAUUAUAGCGGGGCACACAGGGGCUCGGUUUCGGGAUUCUGAGUAACAUAUGACAUCAGUUAACAACCACAACACUAUAAAUUAAGUAUUCAUAUACAUUCUGAAACCUUACCUGUUACAUCGAUAACCCCAAUUUUCAGAAUUCAGAAUGUAUAUGAAAACUUGAUUUAUAGUGUUAUGGUUUGAACAACCCCACCUGAUUAUGUAUUUACACCGAUAGUGGUUCCAAAAUGAUCCUGUUGUCUUGGAGGCAACUAAGGCACAUUUUUUUUUCAAACGACAUACAUAUGCACUGGAUGGAUAUCGUAGUCGACAAUUUUCACGAUAUUUUUAAAAGGAAGAUUAGUUUAAUGAUGAUUUUUACGGAAUCAGCAAGUUGUAGACAAGAUACUGAACCUCAGUCGAUAUGUCUACACCUCCAAUCCAAAACUAGAGACAUUCAAGGCGG